CCAAAAAAAACAAAGAAAAAAGGAAAAGAAAAAACAAAUCAAAAACAGAGAAGAGAGAGGGGUUCGCUCUCUCUCUCCAUCCCCUUGGAAACCCUAAAGCUCAAAGUUCGCUUUUUCCUUCUUCGAAACCCUAGUUUUUUUCUCUCUGUAAUAAUCUGUUUCCAUCAGAUCAUCAAGUUUCUUCGUUUCUGAUUUGUAGCGUAUUGUUCUAGAAGAAUUAUCAUGUUGGGGGGAGUGGAUUGAGGAAUUUUAUGCGAUCAAUAAAAGGUGUUGAAUCGCGGAGAGAAAAGGGGAGGAUAUGUAUAGAGAUCGAGGUGGAGUUGGAUCGAAGUCGGAGAUCGGUCCUAUCGACCGUAAGCGGAUCAAUGAUGCCUUAGACAAGGUUUUGGAGAAAUCGUCUCCUUCGACUUCUAAGGGUUUGAACGGAAAGGAGAAGGAUAGGUUAUCUGUCCCGUCCACCUCAGCUGGUAAACAGCCUCCUGAUCAUAGGGAUACUCGUUCUGUGUCUCUCUCCAAGAACAAGUGCUCUGAUGAAGAAUCUGAAACGGACAGUGAAGAGUCUGAUGUUAGUGGCUCUGAUGGGGAUGAUACAUCUUGGAUCUCAUGGUUUUGCAAUCUGCGAGGGAAUGAAUUCUUCUGUGAAGUUGAUGAUGAGUACAUCCAAGAUGAUUUUAACCUUUGUGGGUUAAGUAGUCAAGUUCCUUACUAUGAUUAUGCGCUUGAUCUGAUUUUGGAUGUUGAAUCUUCUCAUGGUGAUAUGUUCACUGAGGAACAAAAUGAAUUGGUUGAAUCAGCGGCAGAGAUGCUUUAUGGGCUGAUUCAUGUUCGGUACAUAUUAACUAGCAAAGGAAUGGCUGCAAUGUUGGAGAAAUACAAGACCUUUGACUUUGGGAGAUGCCCAAGAGUGUACUGCUGUGGACAACCCUGUCUUCCUGUUGGUCAAUCAGAUAUUCCUCGAUCAAGUACCGUGAAAAUCUACUGUCCAAAAUGUGAAGAUAUCUAUUACCCACGGUCAAAAUACCAAGACAUUGAUGGAGCGUAUUUUGGAACUACAUUUCCUCACCUGUUCUUGAUGACCUAUGGGCACCUCAAGCCGCAAAAGCCAUCGCAGAACUAUGUUCCAAGAAUAUUUGGCUUCAAAAUCCACAAGCCAUGACAUGACCCUUUGUCGUCAUCUUCAAGUGCUGCAUUGUUGCUGGUACUCCUGUUGGGAAGAAAUGGUUAUUAUAACCAAGGUAGAGUUCAGAAGUCCCCAAGAAAUUACAAGUGGUUUCACCUUCUUUUAUAUCAAGAAAAAAAAAAUACUUGAAAAGCAAUUUGACUAUUAUUUCUUUCAAUUUAGUCAUGUAUUCAGUGAGCAUAUUGUAAUGCUUUUUCAUUGUGAAAAGUGUUUGAAGUUCCUUGCA